AUGAGUGAAGUUGACUGGAUCAACAUUGCUGUUCUUCUCUAUUGCGCCGAUCUGUUACAAAUGAUCAAGAGUUUAAAAGAGCUAUUGGAAAACGUACAGGAGGAAUUGAAACGCGUCAAAGACCUUCUAAAAGAAAAACAAGACAGAGAAGGCUACGACACAGUGUAUUAACAUGGACAAGGUUCUAGACACGAUUGAAUUGUCCAAGUUUAAGACGUAUCAUGAAUUUAUGCGAGCACUCAUUUUGGAAGGGAUCUCUGGAUAUCAUUUCACCUUGGAUCAAUUGAAUCACCAAUUGUAUACUCUCAACAAAGAAAUUUAUGAAGAUUUAUGUCAAACCGCCACUGGAUAUUUUGAAAUGCAUGCACCAGCAAAAAUCAAGUCCUUUGAGAAUUAAACAUGCUCAGGCAAUGACUUCACGACUCUUUUGUUUGGUUUGGUAUUAAAAGCCACUGACAUGUUGCUCAACCAGCCAAAGCAAGAUGAUUCGUAUCGUUCUGCAGUUCACCAUUAUUUCUGGUGGUGCACUUGGUGUGGAUUUAGAAGCUGAAAAGUUAGCAAGAUAUUAUUGUUUACGUGUUGAAGUCCUUGUUCCACCACGUCAUCCACGAAGCAAAACCGUUCCUCCAUUAACAUCAACUGAACUCGCUGAAGCGAUUCCCACAACCAAGCAAGUAGCUGCUCGCCUCAACAGACAAUAA